AUGGAUGCUGGUUCAGUUGAGGCACACCCGGCUGGGGUGGUCGCGGCCGUGUUGGUGGCGGCGGCGGCCGUCGCGUCCAGCGUCGUCGCGGCACGGCCGCUGGUCGGGGAAGGUGGAGGCGGGGCGUGGGGGGACAGCAGGGCGCCGCUGCAGACGUCGCGGCCCUUCAACAUCGCGCACCGGGGCUCCAACGGCGAGUUUCCCGAGGAGACGGCGGCGGCGUACGCGCGCGCCAUCGACGAGGGCGCCGACUUCAUCGAGGCGGACAUCGAGGCCACCAGGGACGGCCACCUCGUCUGCUUCCACGACACCACGCUCGACGACGCCACCGACGUCGCCGACCACCCGGAGUUCGCCGGACGCCGCCGCACGCUCGAGGUGCAGUGGGCCAACGUCACCGGAUACUUCAUCACUGAUUUCACGCUGGCGGAGCUGAAGACGCUGAGGGCGAAGCAGCGAUGGGACUUCCGCGACAAGUCCCACGACGGCAUUUCGCCGAUCAUCACGUUCGAGGAGUUCAUCGACAUCGCGCUGAACGCCAAGAGGGUGGUGGGGAUCUACCCGGAGAUGAAGAACCCGGCGUUCAUGAACAAGCACGUCCGUUGGGCGGACGGGAAGAGGUACGAGGAUAAGUUCGUCGCGACGCUCAAGAAGUACGGGUACGGCGGCAGGUACAUGUCGCCGGCGUGGCGCGCGAAGCCGGUGUUCGUCCAGUCCUUCGCGCCGACUUCUCUGGUCCGCGCCGCCGGCCUCACCGACUCGCCGCUCAUCUUCCUCAUCGACGACGUGACCGUCCGGACCGAGGACACCAACCAGUCCUACGACGAGAUCACCUCCGGCGAGUACCUGGACUACAUGAGCAAGUACGUGGUCGGCAUCGGGCCCUGGAAGGACACGGUGGUGCCGCCGACCAAGGACAACCGGCUGGCGACGCCGACGGACCUCGUCGCCAUGGCGCACGCGCGAGGGCUGCAGGUGCACCCUUACACGUACCGCAACGAGAACAAGUUCCUGCACUUCAACUUCAGGCAGGACCCCUACGCCGAGUACGACUACUGGAUCAACGACGUUGGCGUCGACGGGCUCUUCACCGACUUCCCGGCGAGCCUCCGCCGGUUCCAGGAGUGGACGGCCAAGAAGAAAGACUGAUCGUGAUUUCGUAGCGUGAGGUUAGGGGGUCACUAGGAUACACACUGGCUUAGUUCAGUUACUGACCGGUAGCUGGUUCUUUCAUCCAGAAUGUAGUACUCUUGUUUCCAGUGUAGGGACAAUUCCUUGGAUUUUGCAAUGGCCAUAUAUUGUUUUUUAUUUGGACCAGAGCUACCUCUUAUCCGUUCAUCGUGCUAACAGUGAUCCCCUUUUAACUUUGCAUGAAUCUCUAUCUUGUUUCACAUGAUCGUCAUGAAGAACUCUCUGACCUUCAGCAAAUUGAGCUGUGCAGUGUGCCAAUAGGAUAGAGUGGUCAAGACAAACAGGCAUCCAAAAAAACCUGAUGAACCUGUGCAUG